CCAUGUUUGGCUCAUCCCGAGGAGGAGUGAGGGGGGGCCAGGACCAGUUCAGCUGGGAGGAUGUCAAGACAGACAAACAGCGUGAAAACUACCUGGGGAACUCCUUGAUGGCGCCGGUGGGCCGGUGGCAGAAGGGGAAGGACCUGACGUGGUAUGCCAAGGGCAAGAAAGACACGGCCCCUGCGCUGUCCCGCGAGGAAGAGCUGGCUGCUGUCCGCCUGGCCGAGCAGGAGGCCAUGCUGGCAGCCCUGGGCUACAAGAACCUGAAGAGGCAGCCCACUGGGCUCAGCAGGGAGGACCUGGCCGAGGUGUGCAAGCGGGAUGGCACUGAGCGGGAUGAGAAGAACGUGGACCGGGUAGUAGGCUUAGGCAGCUCCAGCGGCAGCGCUGGCCGCAUAAUGCUCUCCAAGGAGGACAAAGAAGCGGCCAAGAUGGGGCUCUCUAUCUUCACGCACCAGAAAGUCUCCAGCAGCCCCGAGAUACCCAUCUCCAAGAAGAAGCAGGAGAAGGAGGAGAAGGUGGAGGAGAAACGACCGGAAGGGAGCAAGAAAUCCAAAAAGGAGAAAAAAAAGAAGAAAAAGAAGAAACAUAAGAAGGAAAAGAAGAAGGACAAGCAUCACAAGAGGGAUGCUGCCUCGUCGUCCUCCGAGUCUUCUUCGGAGGAGGAUGACAGGUAG